AGCUGAUGGGUCGAUUAUCUCUUCAUACCUCGACCAUUUUUUAGAGUAAAGAGGAUAGAAUUCAUUCCCCUUACCUCUUUGAUUUUAGUUUAGUACUGUCAGGGAAUUGAAGAAUAAGUGUCAGCUAAUAACCAUCCGAUAAUAUUCGGAUUAUCGCAAUAAUGUCAUUCGGAGAAAAAAUAGCCUCCAUAAUGGAGAGACCUGGUCAAGAUCCUGUGUCCAAGGACGAUGUUCCUUGGUGGAUGAAGUAUGCCGGUCGAAGUUUGGGCACAGUUGGAAGUCUUAUUGCAAUAUUUUUAGGAGCAUGGAAUUGUAUUGGUAUUGUACUUGGAUCUGUGAUGUGUUUUAUUAGUGGUAUUCUGCAAAUGAUAGCUGGAUUUUUAGUCGUUACUAUUGAAGCACCUUGUUGUUGUAUGUUUAUCGAUUUCGUACAAAACUUGAGUGAUUGGGUCGAAAAAAGACCUUAUUGGAACCGAGCUGCUGGUUAUUGUAUAAUAGCGUUGCCUUCAAUUUUCUUAUGUCCAUCAUUGAGUAGUAUAUUUGGUUGCGGUUUAAUAUUUACAACUGGAAUAAUUUAUGGUCUAAUGUCACUUGGCAAAAAGGCUCCCAUUGAUGAAAUGAGAACAGCAGCCACAAAUACUCAAGCACCACUAUCUAGUAUGAAGUCAAAUUUAGUAGAAAAUGCUGAACCAAUGGCAUUUUCAUUGAAAUCUGACAGUAAUGUUUGAUGAUUAAAAACUAAAAAAAAAGUUGAAGUUAGUGUAAGCAUCAGAUGAAUGCAUUGUGUACAUGGUUACAAGAGAUUGAAUGGGAAGAACAUAAUUUACCAGUUAAUAUUUAUUUAGUUCAUUUAUUUUUUAUCUAAUAAUAUUAAAUAAAUUGUUAAUGCAGACGAACGAUAAAAUUUUUUUCGUGACAAUUUGAAUUAUCACUCUAGUCGUCCGUACGUGUCACUACAUGCUUUUUUGGUAAAAAAUCAUUAAUAUGUUUUAUUUG